AUGCCCCACGUCGAACCCGGAUCCCUCGUCCUCGUAACCGGUGGCAACGGCUUCAUCGCCGCCCACUGCAUCGCAACCCUUCUCCGUUCCGGCCACCGCGUCCGAGCGACAGUGCGAUCCGCCGAAAAAGCAGAUACAACCCGCAAAGCAUUAGAAACCGCCGGUGUCCAGAAUCUUGCGAACCUCGUGCUGGUGGUUGUUGUGGACCCGACUGAUCUUGACGCUUUGAGUCCUACGCUCGAGGGGUGUCAGUCUGUUCUGCAUUUGGCGUCGGCUUUCAAUUACGAUGCUAAGCCGAGUGAGUUUGAGGAGAAGCUCAUGAUUCCGGCGGUAAAGGGGACACAGGUUGUUUGUCAGGCUGCUGAGCAGCAUUCAUCGAUUCGGCGGGUAGUCAUUAUGUCGAGUUUCGCUAGUGUGUAUGAUGCUAGUCUGGGUCUACAGCCUGGUCGUGUCUACACUGAGGAGGAUUGGGCACCGUUGACAUAUGAGAACGGAGUGAAUGCAUCGGCUGUGCCGAUCGCAUACCGCGCGUCGAAAGUUGUUGCUGAACGCACGGCGUGGGAUUAUAUUCGAGAUCACCAAGUCCAGUAUCAAUUGGUGACGCUCUGUCCGGGAAUGGUGUUUGGCAGGAUGAUUCACCCAAUUUCUUCUUUGUCUCAGCUCAAUGCGAGCAACCAGAUUGUGUGGGGAGUGCUGAGCGCUGGACGAGACGGCGAGAUCCCUCCGACAAAAGCGCCCGUCUGGAUCGACGUCGAAGACCUCGCCGACACGAGCCUCAAAGCCCUGAUGUUCCCCGAGACAAAACACGAGCGUUUCCUAGUGACACAGGGGUCGUAUGAUACGCAAGAGAUCGCGGACAUUAUUCGAAGGCGUCUUCCAGAUACGCAUAGAGCGCCUCUAGGAGAGCCUGGCAAGCGCCUUGCGGAUACGCAUUACGCAUGUGAUUCAUCCAAAACGCAACGAGUGCUCGGCGUUAAGUUUCGGGGAUUGGAAGAAUCAAUUGUGCCCUUGGCAGAGCAGUUGUAUGAGAUGGAAUCACGCUAA